AUGGAACGUGAUGACAAUAUUGAUCCAGUGACAAAAGCAAGAGCCAAAAGAUCCUUAGUUUUGAAAGAAAAUCGUUCAAAACGAACGAAACAUAAUCCUCACCAACCGAUAAGUUUGGAGACCUCGCAUAAUUCUCCAACCUACUUGACACCGAGACAACCAUUGUCCGACCUGACUCAAUCAUUUCGAAACCAGAAUUUUCAGUCACAACCUCACAAUGAGGCUAUUUUUAAAAGUCGAGUUUUUGCCGGUUCAGAACCUAGCCCAUCAAGAUAUGGUUUUAAAACAAAUUUGAGGACCGCCCACUUAGAGUCAUUAGGAACCAAUUUACUGUCAAAGUUUACCGCAGAUGCAACUUUAAUUUCAAGUGAAACCUUUACGCAGUCAACAUUGGAACCUACCAAAGACCGAAGACUUGUGACUAACAAGCCUGCCCGGGGCAGCCCUAGAAACCACUUGGGAGUUCCAAAUAUAGCAUUUAAUUUGAGCAGAAACUUGCCUAUCGAAACAAAUCAUAUUGGGACAGCGAAUACUAAAAGGGCAUUCAAAUCAAAGAAUGAAACUAGGACUCAAGGUGUCACAGUUCAACGCGGAAAUUAUGGAAUCAACUCCGUGCUAUCUCACAUAGUAGGAUUGGAUGUAAAAGAACAAUCAACUUCAGCUGUAACACACCCCAACGAGACAAACUAUCUGUUGGAUGCCGUAACUCAACUGCAAUGUCCAACCAUCACCAAACUAGGUAGGGCAUGGCCUCGGAAACAACUUGGAGUUCCCAACCUGGCUAUCAACUUGAGCAUAAAGUUUUCUAUCCAAACGAAUAAACAACAAACAGCCACUGAUAAUGGCACAGCCGAUUCACCCUCACAAAAUAGCCACAGAUCUGAGCUGUCGUGUCCUAUUUUUACGCCGACUGUCAAUUUGGAUUUUAACAGCGACUAUGAAGAUGAUAGUGAAUAUGACCCAUUCGCAACAUAUUUAUCCAAAGAUGACGAAUGGUCCGAGUCAGAAGAUAUUGCAGCACCUUUUACAAUUCAUGACAACUCUGGCGGAACUUCUGAAGAUUAUUACGACGUUGGUGACCCUCUCAUUGAAUGCCGUUAUUGUAAAGAAAUAAUGUGGUAUCAAGAAAGGAUGCACAAAAGUUCUCAUGCAGCCAAUCCGAAGUUUAUGCUUUGUUGUGGGAAUGGUAAAGAAGAACUUCCAUUGCUAGAACAACCUCCAGAUAUACUUGCAAGACUUUUGUUCAAUAACAAUAUCUUAGACAGCAGGAAGUUCCAACAUCAGAUCCGAGUUUACAAUAUGAUGUUUGCCUUUAAUUCGCCGAGAGCAAAGUUGGACAAUCGUUUUAACAAUGGACGCGGGCCUCCAACUAUAAGGAUACAAGGUCAAACAUGUCAUCGAAUUGGGAGUUUGUUACCUCCUGAAGGUCAAAAGCCUAAGUUUGCUCAACUAUAUAUAUAUGACACGGAGAAUGAGGUCACUAAUAGAAUGCAAGGAUUAAGGAACUCAAAAAUCAUUGAUGAAAUGGUUGUUCAACAAUUAUCUAAUAUGCUGUAUGAAUGCAAUCCCCAUGCUAAAAAUUUUCAAAUGGCAAGGAAAUGGUUGGAUAAUGGUGAAAAUCAAAACUUGAAGUUGAGACUAAUUUCCGACAGAUCCACAUAUGGGAGAGUAUAUAAUAAACCGACUGUUUCGGAAGUUGCAGCCUUGGUAGUCGGUGAUAUUGACACAGCAGAAAUGAGGGAUAUCAUAAUGCAAACAAAAGGAGGACAACUUCAGAGAAUCAAUGAUCUUCAUGCAAGUUACAUGGCUUUUCAAUAUCCUUUGAUUUUUCCGUACGGUGAGGACGGUUAUAGGCCUGAUGUAGCUCAUGGAGACUUGCCCAGCUAUGAAAACAGCAUAAGAAAUAGGCUUACCAUUAGAGAAUGGCUUGCAUUUCGCAUUCAAACCAGUUUAUGUAAGGCUAAGACUUUGUUAUCUUCACGGAGGUUGUUCCAACAAUUUUUGUGCGAUGGUUACACAAUGCUAGAAUCGAAAAAGUUAGAAAGGCUUAGAAAAAAUCAACCAAAACUUAGGGUCUUCAAGUAUAAGUCUCUUAACGAAGAAGGUGAUCACAGUCAAAAUAUUGGGUCAAGCAUAGGAAAAAGAGUUGUUUUGCCAUCAUCCUUUAUCGGUGGUCGUAGGUUUAUGAAUCAAUUGUACUAUGAUGGGAUGGCUAUUUGUAGUAAAGUUGGGUUUCCUGAUUUGUUUAUUACAUUUACCUGCAACCCAAAUUGGCCUGAGAUUCAAAGAGUACUUGGUCCUCUUCAUUUGAAACCACAAGAUCGGCCGGACAUCAUUUCAAGAAUUUUCAAAAUCAAGUUUGAUAAAUUGCUAACUGAUUUAACCAAGAAAGGUGUACUAGGAAAAGUUCUUGCUUAUAUGUACACCAUUGAGUUUCAAAAGAGAGGAUUGCCACAUGCCCGUGUUCUGAUUUUUUUGCAUCCUUUAAACAAAUAUCCAAGACCCGAAGACAUUAACAAGAUAAUUAGUGCUGAAGUGCCCGAUCCCUUGACACAACCUAGGUUGUACAAUUUGGUAAAAUCUCAUAUGGUUCAUGGUCCUUGUGGUUUGGAAAAUGUUAACUCACCUUGCAUGAAAGAUAGGAAAUGCUCCAAGUACUUCCCCAAAAAAUUUCAACCAACAAUUAUAGUGGACCAAGAUGGAUAUCCUAUUUAUAGGAGACGAAACAGCGGUCACACAAUUGAUAAAAACGGGGUCAUCUUUCAUAGUGGUCAUGUUGUUCCUCACAACCCAAGUUCUGAUCGAAUUUCUGCUGUCAUACACGGUUCUGACAAAAACAACAUCGACGAGAUCAAGCAAUAUUUGGAUUGUCGAUACAUCUCCCCGAGUGAGCCAUGUUGGAGGAUAUUUCCUUAUUCUAUACACGGUCAAAAACCAGCCGUAGAGAGAUUGUACUUUCACAUGGAAGGUGAAAACUCCGUUUACUACAAAGACUAUGAGCAAGUUGGUGAUGUUUUACUCAAACCAAGUGUAACCGAGUCAAUGUUUACAUCUUGGUCUGAGGCUAACAAAACAUACGAAGAAGCUAGAUUACUAACUUUCGGUGACUUUGUUUCUAAAUUUGUUUAUCAUAAAAGAAGCCGAAGUUGGAAACCAAGGAAACGAGGGUAUACCAUUGGUCGACUUAUUUGGGUUCCUCAAAGCACAGGAGAAUUGUUUUAUUUAAGGAUGAUGCUCACGGUAAAAAAAGGCCCUUUAUGUUAUGAUGACAUCAAAAUGGUUGAUGGUAAACAACAUAAAACUUUUAGAGGAUCAUGCUUUGCGAUGGGAUUUCUACAAGAUGAUAGAGAGUUUGUUGAGGCAAUAAAAGAGGCACAUGUUUGGGGUUCUGGUUUAUUUUUACGCAAGUUAUUUGUUACAAUGUUGUUGUCGUCAUCCAUGAAUAGACCGGAACAUGUGUGGAGAUUGACUUGGAAGUAUUUAUCAGAUGGCAUUCUUUAUGAUCAACGAUUAUUGGCAGGAGAUCAAGGUUUGACACUAACUGGCGGGGAGCUAAAAGAACUUACGUUAAUGACUAUUGAAACACUGUUACAAAACAAUAAUAAAAGUUUGAAAGAUUUCAAGCCAAUGCCAUAUCCAAAAGAUUUUGUGGUUUCCUUUAUAGGAAAUAGGCUUCUUUAUGAUGAGCGUCAAUACAAUGUUGUUGAACAUCAACAAAUUUUUGCUAAUUUGUACUCUUCUCUUACAGAUGAGCAAAGAACCAUUUAUGAGGAAAUAAUGGUUGUCGUACAAAAGCAACGAGCCGCACUUAGGUCUCAGAAAAAAAUUGUCUUGCCUGUUGCCUCAAGUGGGAUUGCAAGUUUGUUGCUACCAGGUGGAAGAACAGCUCAUUCUAGGUUUAAGAUUUCUGUCUCUACUUUAGAAACUUCUAUUUGUAACAUUAACAAAAAAGAUGAUCUUGCUGAGCUUCUAAAGAUGACAGAUCUUAUCAUAUGGGAUGAAGCUCCUAUGGCUACAAAAUUUUGCUUUGAGUCUCUUGAUAAAUCCUUGAAAGAUAUUAUGAGUGGAAUGCCACAUGCAUCUCAUAAAAUAUUUGGAGGUAAGGUUGUUGUGUUUGGUGGUGACUUCAGACAAAUUAUCCCUAUUAUACCAAGAGGUACUAGAUCUGAUAUUAUCCAUGCAACAAUCAAUUCUUCUUAUAUUUGGGAUCACUGUAAGGUCUUGAAGCUUACAAAGAACAUGCGCUUACAAUCUGGUGAAACUACUUCUACUACCAAUGACAUUAGGAGAUUUUCAGAGUGGAUUUUAAAUAUUAGGGAUGGGACCGUGUGUGAGCCGAAUGAUGGUUAUGCUGAUAUUUGUAUUCCAGAUGAGUUUUUAAUUUCAAACUUUUCCGAUCCCAUUAAGGCAAUUGUUGAGGAUACCUACCCUGAUCUCAUUCAUAACUAUCUUGAUCCCAUUAAGGCACAUGUUUGGGUAGAGAACCGAACGCAAUUGGUAGCAAUUGUUCCUUAA